GCACAUAAAAGCUGUGCAGGCAGUUGUUUUAACAGCUCAAGGAUCAACAUCAUCAGACGUCUGAAUCACCACCAACACAGACACAAUCUCACACAAUCAUCAGACUAAACCUAGACUCUAAAAUAAAAAUGAAUUGGAGCGAAAUCUUCUACCCUGGAAAUCCUGAAAGAAAGGAAAAACUUAUCCGCAAAAGUCAACAGUUUAUAGACCUGAUGGAAGACAACUUCACUGCCACCAAUGAUCUCGUUGAGCUUCUUAAUGAGUUUGUAGGAUUGUCCCUCAAACCCGUCAUCCUGAAUGAAAAAAACACUCUCAGGGAGAACUGUGAUGUAUUAAUUAAAUGCAUCCGUGAGAUUCAAGCUGAGCUCCAAAAAUUUGAUAAGGAGCUGAAGGAGAAGCUGGAUCCUGCUGUGUAUGAGAAAGUGAAGAAUAUAGAUUUGGCUCUGGAAUUUAAUUUGAAUAUGCCUGAGUAUGCAAAGGUUGCAGAAGUUGUUUUUGGAGUUGCUGGAUGUGUUUCCAGUGGAGUUAGUGGGUGUGUAGCUGCUGUUGUAGUUUGUUGGCUAAUUAAAAGAGAAAGUGUUCUGGAAAAAACAUCAUUCCAGUUUGAUCAAAUGGGAUCAAUGAUAAUUUCAGCCCUUCCGACUGGGGUGGUAUUCUCAGGAAUUGGUAUAAUAUUUGGGGCAAUUAUGGGGCGUUUUGAGCGUGAUAAGCUUGAAAAAGCACUGAAAGAGUAUGACGAGGCACUGGAUAACUUUAAACCAGCGUCUAAACAAUAUCAGUAUAGCAUAACCGAAGCCAGGAUAAGAAUUGACCUAAUGAAAGAAAAAACUAAUCCUGAUCCUAAUUCUAAUAAAACCUAAUAAUAUUAGGUUAAAAAAAAGAUUUCAAUUUAAUAAAUCAAUGAACAUAAUGAAAAAAAAUAAAUAAAUGGAAAUCCCUCAACAAAUUGGUUUGCCUCAUUUGUUUUUACACUAUUGGAACUGUACAACAAAACUUAAAAUUUCUGAUUUAAUUCAAAAUUGUUGAAGGAAAUUACCUUCCAUGAUCCACAAUGUAUUACCAAAACUGAUGAUGUUUCUCGUUGAUAUGUGUUGUCUUCCAGUCACAAAAUAUAUAUGUUUUUUCUGUCAGAAAUUUUUGCUGGAAUUAAAACCUAACAGUAUGAUUACAACCUCAUUUAAAAACGUGGUAAUAUAAUGUGCUUAUGUGUACUUCAUUUCAUGCAUUUAAUAAAAUAGCUUGAUGUUUG